AUGCGUUUGCUUUCACUUUUGCCAUUUGCAGCAACCUUCGCAGUUGUUGCUGCCGAACAACAAGUGCCUCUCGGACCAUCAACCCUUUUUCAAAUCCCAACCAUAGGCUUCGGAACAUGGAACCUGAAGGAUAAUGCUACAGAGGCAGUGUCUUAUGCAAUCCACACUGGCUACAGACACAUAGAUUGUGCAGCCGCAUACAGCAAUGAGAAAGCUGGGCUGUCCCGUGAAGACAUCUGGGUGACUUCCAAACUCUGGAACGAUCAUCACGAUCCUGCCAAGGUUGGAACCGCCAUUGACAAGACAUUAUCCGAUCUCAACCUUGACUAUCUGGAUCUUUAUCACAUGCAUUGGCCAGUGGCUGAGACGAACAAAGGAAACGAGAUCUCUUUUCUCAGCACCUGGGAUGCGAUGAUUCAGUUAGUCCAGUCGGGAAAGACCAGACGCAUUGGAAUCUCCAACUUCUCACCUGCCCAACUGGAUACCUUGUUGAACCACACAACUCAUGUGCCAUACGCUCACCAAAUGGAGCUACACCCUUAUCUUCAGCAAGAAGAUUGGAUCCAGUACCACAAAACGCGCGGUAUCCAUGUGACCGCCUACUCCCCACUCGGAGGAACCAAUCCCACCUACCGUGGAAAGGCCAAAAACCUGCCUCCUCCAUUGCUCAAGAACAAAGCCAUGAUCAAGCUGGCUGACAAACAUAACUCCACAACUGCGGGCAUAUCAUUGGCUUGGGGCAUGCGUCGAGGCACGAGCGUCAUACCCAAGAGCGCGCAUGCAGACAGAAUCGAAGAGAAUCUGGAAAGUAAGCAUAUCGAGCUUGACUCGGAUGAUCUGGAUAUUUUCACAAAACUCGGCCGCGAGUUUACUCAUAGAUACAACAAUCCGAGCAAGAGCUGGAAAGUCAAGUUGUAUGAAGGUUUAGAGGACGCAUAA